AUGCGCAACGAGAGCACGGCGGCAGAGACGGAAUGGGCAAAUGCCACGCGUGUGGUCACGGCAGCAAGGGCCAAGGAUGAUGAGCUGAGAGCCGAGGUCAAGUGGCGUGCAGCGGAGAGAACUGCGGCCGAGCGCGCGGCAUCUGAGGCAGAAUCCCGGCACCAGAUGGCCAAGGAGGCCUUGGCACAAGCAGAAAAGCAAUGUAUGCUCGCCGCCGCAGCAGCAACGCAAAAGCAGAACUCGCUGCGACAGCUUGCCGAGUUUGAGUCCGCCAUACAACUCCAGGCGAAGCUUGCAGAGCAAGCCAGGGCGGAGCUCCAGCAAAUCAAGUCCGAAGACAGUGCCCGGCAGCAAGAAGUGCAGACUUUGCGUCAGGACUUGCGCAAGCUCCGAGAGUUGCAUGACGAGAAGUGCCAGCGGCAAGUUGAGUUCACGAAGGAGCACGAUGCACUGGCACAGCAGCUGGAAGCCAUCCGAGCAGAAUUGGCAGCAGCCAAAAAGAACAAUGCCGAGCUCCAAACCAGCCUACGCCAGGAGAAG